AUGUUCCCACGAAACUUUGCCUGGGGAGCAGCGACCGCGGCGUAUCAAAUUGAAGGUGGCUGGCAGGCAGACGGCAAGGGAGAGAAUAUCUGGGACACGUUCAGUCAUGAGACCGGGAGGGUGUUUGGGGAUCAUAACGGGGAUGUGGCCUGCAACAGUUAUGAGCUCUGGGAGGAAGACCUCAGGUGCAUCCAGCUGCUUGGACUCACGCACUAUCGCCUCUCCAUCUCAUGGGCUCGGCUGCUGCCCGAGGGGACCACAAGACACGUCAAUCAUAAAGGUGUGGAGUACUACAAUGAGGUGAUUGACGAUUUAUUGGCUGCUCAUGUGACGCCAAUGGUCACGCUUUACCACUUCGACUUGCCCCAAGCUCUCCAGGAUGUGGGCGGCUGGAAGUCAUCAAACAUUGCUGCACUUUUUGACAGCUAUGCCCGCUUUUGCUUCGAGACAUUUGGCGAUCGCGUCAAACUUUGGAUCACAAUCAACGAGCCAUACGUGUGUGCCAAACUUGGAGACUAUCCAGAAGUGAUGAGAACUUCUAUUGAAUCCAACAGUAAAACACACGGUUACACUGGCGAAUCGCGACUGCCGUUUUUCUCCAAAGAUGAACCUUCUGUUUUGGGAACGGCAGACUUUUUUGCUCUGAACUACUACACGUCACGGAAGGUUAGGUCAGCGUGUGGGGAUUUUAAUGCGCUGAGUAUGAAAAGUGACCAGAACGUGAAGGAAGUCUUGCAUCCAUCUUGGCCGAUCUCCGGAGUGUCCUGGCUUGCAGUGGUGCCCGAUGGGUUGAGGAAACUUCUCAGCUACGUCAAGAACAACAUUGGUGAUCAGGCCAUCUACAUUACAGAAAACGGCUUCGCACAGACGGGGUUGUUAGAGACGGAGGAUGUUCAGCGUGCAGACUUCUACAAGCAAACGAUCAGUGAAGUGGCAAAAGCUAUCGGCAAAGAUGGCGUCGAUGUCCGUGGAUAUUUUGCCUGGUCGCUGAUGGACAACUUCGAAUGGGCCGAUGGCUACAGUGCACGAUUCGGACUGUUUCACGUUGACUUUUCAGAUGAGAAGCGUGCGCGUACCAUUUACCACUCUGGGAAGGAAUAUGCAAAACUUGUUAAAAUGUAUAGCUCCUAG